AUUUUUAUAAUCCUUUAAAACAAUGUCUUGAACUACUAUUCAUUUUUUUUAUACGAAGACAUUGAAUUAUGAUUUGAUGGAUAUGAAACAAUCGAUUUCUACACAAAUGGAAAGUUACUUGGAUAAAUAUAAUGAAACUAAAGAGAUUGAAUCACCAUGUCAAGAAGUAAAACAACCAAAUAUAAUCAAUGAAGUAAAUGAUUCAACAACUAUUAAAUGUAUACAUUCAAGUUUACAAGAUGAAUUAAAUUUAUCAUUUUCAAUCAAAAUAAAUCAUUAAAAAUAAAUCAUAAACAUAUUAAAGCGCCUAAAUUAAAUUAUA